GUGGUGUCGCCUGAGACCCUCAGCUACCUCCAGUCUCUGCGGGAGAAGAUCAGCAUAGGGGUCGUCGGUGGCUCCGACCUUGCCAAGCAGAAGGAACAGCUUGGAGAUAGUCCCAACCUGUUUGACUUUUGCUUCUCCGAGAAUGGCUUGCUGGCCUACAAGGACGGGGAGAAGAUCGGCGAAACAUCGAUAACACAGCAUCUCGGCGAGGAGAAGCUGAAGAAGCUGAUCAACUGGGUUCUGAAGUACUUUGCAGAACUUGAUAUUCCCAUAAAGCGUGGCACCUUUGUGGAGUUCCGCAAGGGCAUGCUGAACCUUUCUCCGAUUGGCCGCAACUGCAGCCGAGAAGAGCGUAACGAGUUCGAAAAGUUCGACCUGGCAAACAACAUCCGGAAGACGAUGGUUGCCAAGCUGAAGGAGGAGUUUGCAGACUACAACCUGAGCUACUCCAUAGGUGGGCAGAUUUCUUUCGACGUCUUCCCGACCGGGUGGGACAAAACCUACUGCCUGCGAUACCUGCCAGAAGCAGACUUCGAUGAGAUCCAUUUUUUCGGUGACAAGACGUUCGAGGGUGGCAACGAUUUCGAGAUCUAUACUCACCCCAGGAUUCUCGACGGCCGAAGUUGCACCUCACUACUGCUUCUGCUGCUGCUGCUGCUGCUGCUGCUGCUGCUGCAACGAGUGCGACCACCACUGCAACCGCAACCACCAGUCACUAUGAAUGAUUGA